AUGUUUGAUGGUGUAGGUAUUAAUCUAGAGAUAUCAGUGGUUGAUCUGACAACUGGUAAAGUAGGACCAGCUAAACUAAUGAGAGGUGAUGGAGGUUGGACUGUUGGAGAAUUAAAGCAAUAUAUAGGAGAAUCAUUUAAUCUCAUUUCAUCAUCUAUGAGAUUACUAAUACUUGAUAGAAUUUCCUCAGUCUGUGAUGUUAUACAUUUAGAAAAUGGUGAAAGUUCUUUAAAGGAUGUGCUUUUUAAAGGAGGUGUAUUCAGUUCACACAAACUGCACAGAGAGCAACUUGUAGUACCAACAAUAUAUGUAUCAUCAGAUCCUAUAGAUUUUCUUGAGAAAUAUAAAGAUAGUUUGAUGUACAAAUAUGUUGAUUUUCACUUCAACUCAAUACUAUUGGACAUUACACUACCUCCUCCUCAACCUGAAGCCACUCUCAGUGCAACUAAUGUAACUGAAGGAGGAACAAUAAUGAAAAUAAUAUCAAUGAAUGAAGAAAAUAAAAGAAAGAUAAAGGUACAAGUUGAUAAGAGAAUAACAUUAGCUCAAUUGAAGAAGGAGCUAGUUCCACUGAUUGGUGUACCACCUACUGGUUUUAGAGUGUAUGAAAUCAGAUAUAAUAAUGAAGAAUAUAAAAUGGAGAAACUGGAUGAGACAUUAAUUGAUAUCAUAUCUGGAUCAAAAUUGAUAGUAAGACUGGGUAGAGUCAGAAUUAAGUUAUAUUUAUUACAAGUUAACAAUACAAAUUUUUGUAAGUAUAUGAUGGAGUUUAUUGUUGCUGUGGGUACAGCAGUGAGAGAAUUUAAGAAGCAAAUUAUUGAAGAAGCAAAAGUACAAGGAAUUGACUGUGUCCUUGAAUUAGACAAAAUGAGAUUACGUGAAAAGAGAGGAGUGUACCCUGAUACAGUAUAUCUUGAUCAUCAGGUGAUUGGUGCUAGUUGGGAAACAUGUUAUGUGGAACCAUUGAAAGGUCAUAAUCUCAAUAUUUUCAUUUUAAACUGUAUAGCAGGAUUUAUUUUCUGGUGAAAUUGACUAAAUUAUUGGUGACUUGUAGAUUAAGGCCACGUUUGAAAACAAUGCAAUCUGUGUGCCUGUUUUAUGCUUCUUUUUACACAGGAAACGUGAUAAAUUCUUAAUAGAACUCUAUGGAAACGAAAACGGUAUUCAAGUGGAUACUGCGUAUUUUAGCAAGAGGGUGUCACUUGCAUAUAGACUGUAGUUACACUUGCGACCGCAAUCAAAAGCUUUGAUCUGCAUAAAAAGACCUCUGAUACCUUGAUCUACAGGCUUGAUUUCCCUUGAUGCUUGAUUUUGAUGAGCUCACGUGCAUGCACAGCUAAUUAAAAAUUCAUAGAUCUGCAUAAUCAAAGAUAUACGGAAAAUAUACAUAUCUUGAUGCCUGCUACAGACUGUCUUGAUCCCUUGAUUGCAAUCUGAUUGUCCCUUUGAUGUCUUGAUUUUGAUUUGAUCGCGGUCGCAAGUGUAACUACAGGCUUGAUGAAAGUGA